AUGGAAGGAAACUUAAAGGGAGAAGUCGAUAUUCAUGACACAUCUUGUCAAAGGAGCAAAUUCCAGUACAAUAAGAUGUCGUCGAGAUAUAGAGUUGAGUAUCAUUUGAAAAGUCAUCGUAAGGAUGAAUUCAUAGAUUGGAUAAAGGGUCUUUUAGCAGCUCCGUUUGUAUUACACGCGAUAUCCAACGUUGAUCAGAAUGAUGAUAAUGAUGAUUUGGCAAUUACUCAACGUGUCAAAUCGCAAUACGCAGAUAUAUUUAAAGAUAUCGAAUAUCUGAUUGCUAAUAAGAUUGAAUUUGAUUCCACUUUAGAGGUUGGUGAGGAUAGAACGUCACCAUUGGGACAAUCGAGAUUAAAUAUGUUAGUCCCCUCUAUUGGAACUUUCUUUACAGAAUUGCCGUUAGAAAAGGCAUUUCUAUGGGAAGAUGAUAAGAAACGGAUAUCAGCAAGGAGAAUGGUGGCUCCAAGCUUUAACGAUGUGAGAAACAUCUUGAAUACUGCACAAAUUUUCCACUUUAUUAAGCAAAAGAAGAUGCCCAAUGGACAGAAAUUGAGAAUGGUCACAUUUGAUGGGGAUGUAACUUUAUAUGAAGAUGGCGGGUCAUUAUAUGACACAAAUCCUGUCAUUCCAUGUAUUUUACAGUUAUUAGCAAUGGAUAUUCAUGUUGGGAUUGUUACUGCUGCAGGUUAUGACGAAGCUGCCAGUUAUGAAAGAAGGUUGAAGGGAUUAAUUAAUGCUUUAGAGAAAUCUGAAAAUUUAACUAAAGAUCAAAAACAUAAUUUAACUAUUAUGGGUGGGGAAUCAAAUUAUCUUUUCCGUUAUAGCGAAGAAGGUGGUAGUAACGAUGAUGCUGAUGGAACACAAUCUGGAUUUGUCCCCAUAGAGAAAGAAGUUUGGAUGUUACCACAUAUGCAGGAAUGGUCAAAAGAUGACAUCCAACUAACUUUAGAUUUUGCCGAAAGAACGUUGAACGGUUUAAAGAAAAGAUUAAAUAUCCCAGCUGAGGUUCCUAUUAUUAGAAAGAAGAGAGCUGUUGGAAUAGUCCCUGGAAGAAGGUUCGAUGAGAGAUUACAAACAAAUGUACCAGUAAAAUUGGCAAGAGAACAAUUAGAGGAAAUUGUUCUCACUUUGCAAAAUAAUUUGGAAGGAUAUACACCAAGCAGACGUAUACAAUUUAGUUGUUUUGAUGGUGGUAGCGAUGUCUGGUGUGAUAUUGGUGGUAAAAAUCUAGGUAUUAUGACGCUUCAAAAAUAUUAUAAUCCAGAAAAUCCUAUCAAACCAUGUGAAACCUUACAUGUUGGAGACCAAUUUGCUCCAAUGGGAUCCGCUAAUGAUUUUAAGGCAAGACUAGCUGGUUGUACACUAUGGAUCGCUUCUCCACAAGAAACUGUUGAUAUUUUACAUAGACUAAUAGAAGGUUAG